AUGUUUUUGCAUGGAAUUGGCAGUACCAGUACUUUGAGGGGCGGAGAGUUUUCCCUUCCCCUCCUCUGGGUCCCCUUCUCUUGUUUUCUCUCCUUUUCCUUCUUCUCUUCAUCAAUCCAUCUUUUGAAACACACAUUCAUAAUGGCUGCCCCCGCACAGAAGUUCAAGGUCGCUGACCUCUCCCUCGCCGCCUUCGGUCGCCGCGAGAUCGAGCUCUCCGAGGUUGAGAUGCCCGGUCUCAUGGCCAUCCGUGAGAAGUACGGUGCCGACCAGCCCCUCGCUGGUGCCCGCAUUGCUGGUUGUCUUCACAUGACCAUCCAGACUGCCGUCCUCAUCGAGACCCUCACUGCUCUCGGUGCUGAGGUUACCUGGACUUCUUGCAACAUCUUCUCCACCCAGGACCACGCCGCCGCUGCCAUUGCCGCUGCCGGUGUCCCUGUCUUCGCCUGGAAGGGUGAGACCGAGGAGGAGUACCAAUGGUGCUUGGACCAGCAGCUCAGCGCCUUCAAGGAUGGCAAGAAGCUCAACCUGAUCCUCGACGACGGUGGUGACCUUACCUCCCUCGUUCACGAGAAGUACCCCGAGCAGCUCGAGGACUGCUUCGGUGUCUCCGAGGAGACCACCACUGGUGUCCACCACCUCUACAAGAUGCUCAAGGACGGCAAGCUCAAGGUCCCUGCCAUCAACGUCAACGACUGUGUCACCAAGUCCAAGUUCGACAACCUUUACGGUUGCCGUGAGUCCCUCAUCGAUGGUAUCAAGCGUGCCACCGAUGUCAUGAUUGCCGGUAAGAUCGGUGUCGUCGCCGGUUACGGUGAUGUCGGUAAGGGUUGUGCCCAGGCUCUCCACUCCAUGGGUGCCCGUGUCAUUGUCACUGAGGUCGACCCCAUCAACGCCCUCCAGGCUGCUGUCCAGGGUUACGAGGUCCAGACCAUGGAGGAGGCCGCCAAGGUUGGCCAGAUCUUCGUCACCACCACUGGUUGCCGUGACAUCCUUGUCGGCUCUCACUUCGAGGCUAUGCGCAACGACGCCAUUGUCUGCAACAUCGGUCACUUCGAUAUCGAGAUUGACGUCGCCUGGUUGAAGGCCAACUCCCAGUCCGUCCAGAACAUCAAGCCCCAGGUUGACCGUUACCAGCUCAACGGCAAGAACAUCAUUCUCCUCGCUGAGGGUCGUCUUGUCAACCUUGGCUGUGCUACCGGCCACUCUUCCUUCGUCAUGUCCUGCUCCUUCUCCAACCAGGUCCUCGCCCAGAUUGCCCUCUUCAAGGCCGAGGAUGCCGCCUUCGGCAAGAAGUACAUCGAGUUCGGUGCCGGUGGCCGCAAGCCCAUUGGUGUCUACGUUCUGCCCAAGCAGCUCGAUGAGCAGGUCGCUCGUUGCCACUUGGACCACGUUAACGCCAAGCUCACCAAGCUGACCCCCGUCCAGGCUGAGUACCUCAGCCUUGAUGUCAACGGUCCCUUCAAGAGCGAGAUCUACCGUUACUAA